ACAUAUGGAACUCCCAAGUCACCCAUCUGUCUUCACCCACCUUAUUUUUUGGGUUGAAAAUUUGUCAAAGAAACAAAUGUUAUCUCCCACGAUUUGAGAAACAAGAAUGAUCCAACAGCAGCAUUAAAUUCACACAAACUGCGUUAAUGGUGGUAUUAGCGCCGAGCUUCUCUAUUUUCUUCCUCGCAAAAUGGGCUUAUCACUGUAUAUGUAUGUGUGUAUAUACAUAAAACAUUAUUUUGAAUUAUCUUCCCUAUACUGAGCUUUUUGAAAGUUGUGCUUAGUUUUUAUUUUGGAUCCUCAUCUUUUUGAUAAUUUACCAUUACAAUGGCUCCAGUGGAAAUACACAUACGUCCUCGUUGCCUGUAAAGUAGGUCGUCUUAUGCCUUAUUGGGCAUACUGAACAACUGCUAAGGUUUUUAAGGAGGGAACGAACUUUAAAAUCAAAGGCUAGGCAUUAUUUGUUUUUGACCUCUGCCGCUUCACGUACUUCGUAUCUCAAUUAGUACAUUUGUUCUCUCCCUGGGAAGUUUGUACUGAAGCCGAAGCCGAACCAGAAACACUAGCUGAUGGCCUCCUAGGAUCAGGCCCCCCGCAGACGCCUACCCCACCCCCUACCCCCGGGCGGAACACGCCCUCAGUUACAGCCCUUCAGCCAGAGCCUUAGGUAACCUUGAUUCCGGGUCGGCAGCGGCCACAGCCCGCAGCGCAAGCGGCCUCGGCGGACCCCCAGCCUGCAGCGCGGCCCAGUGCACGCCGGUCCCACUGCCGGGCGCCAGCCGCCCACUCCGCAGCAGCCGCUCCGCUCUCGACCGCGCCGUUCCGCCCGUCGGCCAGCGGCCCGCCCAUGCUCUUGGCCACCAGGAGAGCUAGCCAGCUUUUCCACAGCCUCUUUCCUGUCCCGAGAAUGGGCGACUCCGCCUCUAAGAUCGUCAGCCCCCAGGAGGCAUUGCCGGGCCGGAAGGAGCCGAUCCCCGUCGCGGCCAAACAUCAUGUCAAUGGCAAUAGAACAGUUGAACCUUUCCCAGAGGGAACACAGAUGGCUGUAUUUGGAAUGGGCUGUUUCUGGGGAGCUGAGAGGAAAUUCUGGACUAUAAAAGGAGUAUAUUCAACUCAAGUUGGUUAUGCUGGAGGCUACACUUCCAAUCCUACUUAUAAAGAAGUUUGUUCAGGAAAAACUGGCCAUGCAGAAGUAGUCCGAGUGGUGUACCAGCCAGAACGCAUCAGCUUUGAGGAACUGCUCAAGGUCUUCUGGGAGAAUCAUGACCCGACCCAAGGCAUGCGCCAAGGCAAUGACCAUGGUUCUCAAUACCGCUCAGCCAUCUAUCCAACCUCUACCAAGCACCUGGAGGUGGCCCUGAGAUCUAAAGAAGACUACCAGAAGGUUCUUUCAGAGCAUGGCUAUGGCCCGAUCACGACCGACAUCCGGGAGGGACAAACUUUCUACUAUGCGGAGGAUUACCACCAGCAGUACCUGAGCAAGAACCCUGAUGGGUACUGCGGCCUGGGGGGCACUGGCGUGUCCUGUCCACUGGGUAUUAAAAAGUAAUUUCUCCCCAUGUGGUCAGCACUUGAGGUCACAGCAAAAAUGCUUUCAACAAAUUGGGCAAUUCUUUUGUGGUUCAGGUCAGCGGCUUUUCAAAAUACACAGAGCACAAAGGCAUUCAUAAAAAUCUGGUUUAAUGAGGUGUAAUUUACAUGAAGUGCAAUGAAUGGCAAGUUGAGAACAUGCAGUUUAUCUUCUGAUAAAUUAUGGUGGGACUAGAACUGUGACCUAUUGGGGUCUGAAUGAGGAUAAUGAGUAUGCUGUGUUUCCCCUGCUUGGGCCAGGACGCCUGCCACAGAAGCUGGGGAAGGAAGCUGGGAGAUUGUCGGACAGGAUGAGGCACAUCGGACACCCUUUAUCUGUGCCCUUUCCCACCUUACCUGCCCUCUGCCCUCCAGUGCCUUAACAUCUGCAAACAUUUAUAGCCUCAAUGAAUCAUUCACUGCAAUACUUUGCUCUUCUGAUCCUGUAUGUGUAAGGGGCUUUCUCUCCUUUUCUUCCCUCCCAUGGCAGAGAAAAGAUGUGAGUUAGCUUGACAAAUUCAAACACUUUGCUUACAGCUAUGAGAAAUGCUUGUUCUAAUAAAAGUUUACAAUCCAAUACAAAAUGC